UGGGUCAGCAGCCUGUGAGUGGCUAGGUUGGGCUGGGACAGAAUCGGAAAAUCUGGGGACAGCGAGAAAGUCGGAGCAAAACCUGAAGAUCAAUGGCUGGGAAACUGUUCCCCGAAACAGAUAUUGGGGAUUCCGAGGAUGUGUGCAGGAGGAGCCCCCUGAGCUUAGAAACCCUGGGGGGCUCUGAAGACAUCAAGGAGCAGUCAGCAUCUGAGGGCCAAGAACCUCGUGACAAAGCGGCCAGCAAGGAGGAAGAGCCCAAGGAAGACCUGGGCAGCCCCCUGGAGGGAGAAGGCGAGGGCAAGAAGGAGGCCCCCAGACCACAGGGCACAGAUUUGCUGGAUUUUCGAUGGCUGCAGGAAAAGGAAGAAAGGGGGUUACUACAAGAGCAGCUGUGGCCCCCACCUGACAACAACAAAGAAGACCCCCUGGAGCCCACAGUCAAUGAGGUCCUUCCUUAUGACAAUGCUAAGCCAGACCAGCUUGCAAGGGCCACAGCGGAUCACGAGGCUUACUACCUGGCCGAUGACGAGGCAACGCUCCUGGGCGACUCCUGCGCCUCCACAGGCUACUUCCCCUGCUACCGGACCUACGAGGAGUUCCCCCGCUACCAGCCCCCCGGGCGCCCCGAGGACAGAGAGAGUGGGGCCCCCCGAGCGGGCAGGAAGAAGAUGCCCCCCACAAAGGGGCAGGGAGCCCCCCACAGCCCCCCAUCGCCCCUGCCAGCGGCCAGUGUGAGCAGGAAGUGCCCUCAAAAGAGGAAAAACCGAGGGGCCCCGGAGAAGGAGCAGGCCACAGAAGGGGGGCUGAAGGCGCGGCUGCAAGACCAGCGCUCCCUGCCCCCCAACCCAGAGCAGGUGGGGCGCGAUGUCAGGCUACAGACGGAAGGAGGAAGAACAAGUCCCCAGCAGUGCCCUUCUGCUGGGAGUCGCCCCUCAGUCAAGGAGACUCACAACACCCCCUCAGAGCCCCGCACGACCCCCUCACGCCUCAGCCUCCAAUUCCUGGUCUCCUGGGUCCGGAAGAUCUUCAGGAAAGCGCCGUCGCCGCAGCCUCCACCCCAACCCAGUACCAGCAGCGGGGCGCAAGGGGGGAGGCCGCUGGCCAGGCGGCUGGGGCGGUGGAUCGCCCAGUACCGCGGUCGCAUCCACCCCCAGGCGAUGUGACUCAGACCUUGGGGGCCCGGUUGGGGUGUGUUGCAGGGUAUUUUGCAGAAGCCAACCAUUUCCAUUAAAAUUCCCACUUUCUUCUUGGCUCACA